CCUCAGUGCUCCUCCUUGAGAUCUUUGCACGGCUGCUCUCACCCUUCAGGGUUCAGCUCAAAAGCCACUUCCUGGGGAGGCCUCCCCUCAGCGCUCCACAGAAGCCACCUGCUGCCCCCGACCUGAAUUAUUUUCUUCAUAGGCUUUGCCACCACCUGGAAACGAUCAAGUGUGUUUACUUGUUUAUGUUUUCCCCUCAACCUUACACGUGUGAGAAUGCGAGCCCCGGAGCGCCCACAUCUCAUCUGUCUUGGGCUGUGUCUUCUGAGCCUAGUACGGUGCCAGGGACAGCAGCUGCUCAGCAGGACAACGAGGGAACAAAGCUCCAUUUUACCAAGGAGGACACUGAGGCCCAGAGAGGCGAGGGGUAUUGCCCAGGAGCACCCAGCUCUCAUGAUGUGCCCGGACUGUGCCAUGCUGUUCCGGACCCAAGGUGGCAGCUCUCACUGCAGGGACCCUGCUGCUCCUGACAGGCAUCGGGGCAGCGUCCUGGGCCAUUGUGACCUUCCUACUCAAGAGUGAUCAGGAGCCGCUGUAUCCGGUGCAGGCCAGCCCUGCCGACGGCCGGCUCAUGGUGUUCGACGACACGGAGGGCACGUGGCGGCUGCUGUGCUCCUCGCGCUCCAACGCCAGGGUGGCGGGCCUGAGCUGCGAGGAGAUGGGCUUCCUCAGGGCCCUGGGCCACUCGGAGCUGGACGUGCGGACGGCGGGCGCCAACGGCACGUCGGGCUUCUUCUGCGUGGACGAGGGGAGGCUGCCGCUGGCCCGGAGGCUGCUCGAGGUCAUCUCCGUGUGUGACUGUCCCAGGGGCCGUUUCCUGGCUACCGUCUGCCAAGAUUGUGGCCGAAGGAAGCUGCCUGUGGAUCGCAUCGUUGGAGGCCAAGACACCAGCCUGGGCAGGUGGCCGUGGCAAGUCAGUCUUCGCUACGAUGGAGCACACCUCUGUGGAGGGUCCCUGCUGUCAGGAGACUGGGUGCUGACAGCCGCCCACUGCUUCCCCGAGCGGAACCGGGUCCUGUCUCGGUGGCGAGUGUUUGCCGGCGCCGUGGCCCAGGCCUCACCCCAUGGCCUGCAGCUGGGGGUGCAGGCAGUAGUCUACCACGGGGGCUACCUCCCCUUUCGAGACCCCAACAGUGAGGAAAACAGCAAUGACAUUGCCCUGGUCCACCUGUCCAGCCCCCUGCCCCUCACAGAGUACAUCCAGCCCGUGUGCCUCCCGGCGGCCGGCCAGGCCCUGGUGGACGGCAAGAUCUGCACGGUGACCGGCUGGGGCAACACGCAGUACUACGGCCAACAGGCUGGGGUGCUCCAGGAGGCCCGAGUCCCCAUCAUCAGCAACGAGCUGUGCAACGGCCCCGACUUCUACGCGAACCAGAUCAAGCCCAAGAUGUUCUGUGCCGGCUACCCCGAGGGCGGCAUCGAUGCCUGCCAGGGCGACAGCGGCGGCCCCUUCGUGUGUGAGGACAGCAUCUCUCGGACGCCACGUUGGCGGCUGUGUGGCAUCGUGAGCUGGGGCACCGGCUGUGCCCUGGCCCAGAAGCCAGGUGUCUACACCAAAGUCAGUGACUUCCGGGAGUGGAUCUUCCAGGCCAUAAAGACUCACUCCGAAGCCAGCGGCAUGGUGACCCAGCUCUGACCUGUGGCUUGUCCUUGAUGCGCACGCCUCCAGGGCCCAAGUUCACCUAGGUGGCUCCGGCCCCACCUGGUGGGUUCACCCUGGGCCCGGAACGGGACAUUUUUCUUCUUGGGCUGAGCCCACAGGCCCAAGGAUACCCUCCCUCCAAGGCUCCUCCUUCCACAGUGGCGGGCCCACUCAGCCCUGGGACCACCUGAGACUCACCCUCCUGACCCCCAUGUAAAUAUUGUUCUGCCAUCUAGGGACCCCAUCUAGGUGCCCCUGAUGACAGGAUGCUCUUUAAAUAAUAAAGAUAGUUUUGAUUAA